CAAGUCCAACAGUUCAAACCUUUCUUAUGCUUCUCGGCGUUAUCGCCAUCUAAAAAAUAAAAUAACAUUUGAUCUUUUGCCUUUUUCCUUUCCUUAAAAUUAACUGUUCCUCCCAUUCUAUCAGUUUGCCUCUGCUGUGUCACCCCACAUUUCUAUUGCUUACACGAAGAACAACACUGUGAUUCUGAAGCUGAUUCGAGCUUCUAAGAACAAUUACUCAAUUUGUACAAUAUAAACCUAUCAAUCACAUUAUAAUUCCUCCUCAAUUUAGUUACUUCACAUCCCAGAUUUCUGUUUAUCCAGUUUGUUGAAACUAUCUUUCUACUGCUUCAAGGAGUGAUAUGGAUAGUGUCCGACAACUAAAAGUUCAACGAUAUGAGGAUUUCGUUGAUCGUCGCUUGAAGCCAGAUCUUGUGCGAGCUAUUGCUGAACGGUAUACCGCCAUUCUCACUUGGGAAUCUGCACCUCUCUUUUUCGGGAUCUGAAGUAAGAUUUGGUGCAGGGUGUUACUAAUAAACUGAGUGCCAGUGAUUUGUGGCAGUAGAAGCUAAAUGUAUGUUACCUAUUGCAGGGAUAAAUUCUUCGAAUCACAGAAGGUUUUCUCAGACUUACGGAAGAGGGUAGAGACUUUGGAGAAAAAUGCAGUUACGAGCCUGCGUACGUUGGUCAAUCUUGAUUCCGAGGUGUACACGCAAGCUGAUGUGCUGGAUACUAGACAUAUAUUUGUGGAUGUUGGUCUUGGAUUUCACGUAGAGUUCACCUGGCCUGAAGCCCUGGAGUUCAUAUCACUAAAGGAAGCAAGAUUAGCCAAGUUAAAGAAAAGAUAGUCUCCGAGUACCAUUUUACUGCCAGCCAGUACUCCUUCCUACGGAAUGCACUUGUGCUCCUUUGUUUUGCCUCAAGAAAGUCUCCUUCGUUUUGUGAAUCAUCUGUAAAUGUAAUGAAGAUGAAGAUUUAAUACAAUAGGUUUGCUUGAAAAGCUUUUGUAAAAUACACAUUUAUCAGAUCCAUUGCAUGAAAGCAUGAAACUGAUGCACGAGAACAGAAACAAAUGAAACGAUAGUUGAUUUAUAGUAGGCCA